AUGAUUCUAAGUGUAACUACUGACAUCAACUAUGACUAUAAGACAGAGAAGUUCAACUCUGUUCACACUAUGAUGGACGACAUAGACGCCAUGUUCAGUCACCUGCUUGGAGAGAUGGAUCAUCUCUCUCAGAGUUUAACGACUGCAGUGGACACACCAGAUGUGGAUCCUGUCUCACAGGGAGAGACCACCUUCUCCAUUGGCUUCACAGACCUAAAUGAGUCUCUUAAUGAACUGGAGGACCAUGACCUGGAUGCUCUGGUGGCCGACCUUGGAUCAAAAUCAACUAAAAAGACCAACAGCGCUACGGAUAAUCAAAUCGCAGCAUCAGCCGUGACUCAGGAAUCUGAGCCAGCAACUGCCCUUCCUCCACCAUCAAACACUGCUAAAACCUCUGGAGUGCUGCAGGCGAUGGAACCUCAGACAAAGGCAGAGAAAAUUAAAUUGGCUCUGGAUAAGCUGAAAGAAGCCAAAGUGAGGAAGUUGAUUGUGAAGGUGCUGAUGAGUGACGGCAGCUCCAAGACACUGAUGGUGGAUGAGAGACAGACGGUCCGAGAGGUUUUGGACACGCUGUUUGAGAAGACACACUGUGACUGCAGCAUAGACUGGAGCCUAUGUGAGACCAACCCUGAGCUGCAGAUCGAAAGAGGAUUUGAGGACCACGAAUAUCUAGUGGAGCCGCUGUCUGCGUGGACUCGCCACAGUGAAAACAAAAUCUACUUUAUGUCAAGACCUCAGAAGUAUGUGAUUUUCACAGACCCUCAGUUAUUUUACAUGUGGAAAAAGAAGAAAGCAAGUUUGAGAGGGAUUAACGAGCAAGCCAAACAACUCUUACUAAAGGAACAUUUUGGAGGUUCUACUCUGAUAGUUCCUGAUCUUGAGGGCACGCUGUAUCUAAAGGAAGAUGGGAAAAAGAUUUGGAAACCUCGCUACUUCAUGCUCAGGGCCUCGGGCAUCUACUAUGUACCCAAAGGAAAGACAAAGAGUUCCAGUGAUCUCGCCUGCUUUGUCCGUUUUGAAAAGGUCAACAUCUACACCACUAAUGACUACAAACAGAAAUACCGAGCUCCCACCAACUUCUGCUUCCUGCUCAAGCAUCCCUGCAUCCAGAAAGAGUCACACUACAUCAAGUUCCUGUGCUGUGAGGAUGAACACACACUGAUGCUUUGGGCCAACUCCAUCAGAGCAGCCAAGUAUGGGACUGUCUUGUAUAAGAACUACCAGGCAGCAAUGAAGAGAGUCUCCACUUUUCAAACUCUCCAGUCUGCUGCACACAAAGACAGAUCCAACGUUGAAGAAUAUCCACAAGAGCCGCCCCCUGACUUCAUCCCUCCUCUUCCUCCUGGUCUCACACAAGUUUGAGACACAUCUUUGCCUCCUUCUGUGUAUCAGCUUUUACUUAAACUAGUCUGGAUUUAGCCAAUUUAGGCUCCUUUGUGCGCACAUUCAUGGACAAAUGUCUAACCUGGAGCCAAUAACACGAUGUUUUAGCAAUGCACACACAAUAAUAUGAUGUGUAAGAGAACAUAUUUUAAAAGCCUUUAUUUAUUCUCAGGUGUAUAAUGAUACUUAUUUGUAUCUUGUUUUGGACAAAAUGUAUGCAACAAGCGUAACACACAAACCACACAUUUCUGUUCGUUGUUUCAAUGAGCUGUUUAUUACAAAAAGACUGUACAUAAAUUUCAAUGGACACAUCCUAUGUACAAACUGAGAGGAGAAGACAAAUAUUGGGUUCUGUUCCCAUGAACAUUUUAAGUUACUGAUCCCUCCCCCACCCCACC